AUGGUCUGCCUUCCGUUGCACAAACUGGGGAAAAUAUUGGAGACACAUGUGAAGAGUCAAGGCACAGCUGAGAUCAAGUAUGGUCGGAAGGUUGUCGAGAUUGGCGAGUAUGCUGAUAAAAGCAAGGCUUGGGUCAAGGUUGAAAAGGCCGAUGGGAGCACCGAGAUACGUGAGGCAGAUUACGUUGUUGGCUGUGAUGGCGCGAAUAGCAUCAUUCGGCGGAAAUUGUUUGGUGACUGGGUGUAUCCAGGGUAUACCUGGGACAAGCAGAUUGUUGCGACAAACAUCUAUUAUGAUGGGUUCAAAGACGUUGACUUUGAUGACAGUCAGUUCUUUGUGCAUCCUGAACAUUGGCACAUGGUUGCAAGGAUACAGCCUGAUGGGCUUUACCGCGUAACUUAUGGCGAGAUCGGUGGACUCACCUAUGACCAACUCAAGGAGAGACAACCAGCCAAAUUUCAAGCAAUCCUACCCGGCAAUCCAACCCCUGACAAAUAUGGACUUGUCAACUUCAGUCCGUACAAAGUCCAUCAGCGAUGUGUUGACAGGAUGAGAGUUGGACGCUUCUUGCUUGCGGCUGACGCAGCCCAUCUUUGCAAUCCAUUUGGAGGCAUGGGUUUGACUGGAGGCAUCGCAGAUGUUGGCAGUUUGUAUGACUCCCUUCGCGGCAUUGACAACAACAAGGCAGAUGACUCUAUUCUCGACAAAUACGAUGAAGUGAGACGGAGGAUCUGGCACGAAGUCAUUGAUCCUAUCUCUACGGAAAACAUGCAACGUCUCUUCCAGUACCAAAACGCGGAUGAGUUUGUCAACAAGGAUCCGUUGUACAAGCUGGUGAGGGAGAUGCAGAAUCCCGACAAGAAGCUUGAGAAGGGCGGCCCUCCAAAUGCAAGUGUCACUGUUUCCCAGCGGUGGUUGUGGUCAUGA